UCCGCUGCUCUGUGUGUCUGCAUCAUGUCCUCCGUUCUCUCUGGCAACCUCGGCCGGGUGUUGUGCAUCAUCACCGGGGCCUCCAGAGGCUUUGGCCGGACUGUAGCCAGGGAGAUGUCGGUGUUGGUGAAGCCCGGCUCGGUGCUCGUUCUGACGGCUCGCUCCGGGAACGAGCUGCGGACUCUGCAGACGGAGCUGACUGAGUCGGAGGCGGGCAUGGCGGGUCUGAGAGUGGAGACUGUGGUGGCAGACAUGGCUCAGAUGGAGGGACUACAAAACGUCGUCAGAACAUCUGAAGAAGCUUUUGGUGAAGGCAUAGAUCACCUGAUGCUGAUCAACAACGCCGCCUCUCUGGGUGACGUGUCCCGCUGCGUUACAAGUUUCACUAACAUGGCUGAAGUGGACUCCUACUUGUCCCUGAACGUCAGCUCCUCCCUGUGCCUCACCGCCAGGGUGCUGCAGGCCUUUCCACAGCGUCCAGGUCUGCGUCGCACCGUGGUUAAUGUCACUUCACUGUGUGCCCUGCAACCUUUCCGCUCCUGGGUGCUGUACUGCACUGGUAAGGCCGCCCGAGAGAUGAUGUUCAAGGUGCUGGCAGAAGAGGAGCCAGACAUCCGGGUGCUCAACUACUCUCCAGGCCCUCUGGACACAGCCAUGCAAGUGGAGGCCAGAACGAACACAGCUGAUCCCAGCAUCAGGAAGUCUUUUGUCGACAUGUUUGAUCAGGGCCAGCUGCUCACCUGUGAGGCGUCCUGUGCCAAGCUGAUGAAACUGCUGCUGGAGGACAACUACACAUCAGGAGCUCACAUUGACGUCUAUGAUGUGUAGACUAUGUGUGGGCUCUGUUAAAGAAAUGUACCCGUAGUCCUCAUGUGAAGUUUGCUGUAGUGGGUGUUUAUCGGUAUUCCGGUAUACAGUGGGCUUACCAACACAGAGCCUGAGUCUGUGAUGGUAAACCGACCCAGAACAUCUGCAGUGUCACACAUUUUAUAAUACCCUAUAAAAUGUGUGACACUGCAGAUGUUCUGGGGGUCAGUGGGUAGGGAGGGCCUGUAUGUUAAUACAGACGCGAAUGGUGGUUAGUUAGUAUACCUUUGCUGAUCAAAUGACAGGAGGUUAGAGGACAAUGAACAACAGGUUGUGGAAUCGGGGGUCUGUGACAGGAGGUAGGGGAACACAUGACAACCGGGGGUGGAAUCAAAGGCCUGGUGACUAUCAAAAGAAAAGAGAAUGACUUUGUUCAUCAUCAAAAGAAUAACUUUCUUCAUCAGCUCUAUCCGACAUCUAGCUUUGAGUAUACAUUUACAAUAAAAGUGAAAAGCUUGCUGUAGAACUUUUAAUAUUGAUAGAUAACGCAAACACGAAGAGCACUUUUAAUUCCAACAAUACUGAUCCUUUAUCCCAAGCUGUUACAUAUGAUGUGUAACUAAUCAGGUAUGCUGACUAUGCAGCAUAUGCACUGUGAAAGUACUCACUUUGUACUGCAGUGGACAUUGGAGGCCACAGAGUUGUGACUACAAGUAGAAAGAGGUGGAUGCAUCAGAGUCAAAGUUGCACAUUUACAUUCAUUUAAAUCUGGGAUUAGUUUCAACAAACAAGAUGAGUUAUUGGCCAAAACAAUAAUUGAUUCCUCUUAAACAUUCCUCAAUUAAAGUUUACUCAUUGUAUGGCCAGGGCCAAACUGGGAUAAUAAUGUGAAUCUAGCAUUAUCUCAGGCCGAUAUCCGUACAGUCACCACAUGCACAAUGGACUGUUUAUAAAGAUAGAUGAUGCAUCAACACUUCCUCUCACUGUACAAAAAUGGGAAAUACCAGAAAACGCAUUUAAGAAAAUUGUAUUUUAGGUGAACUUAGAUUUUCUUUUCAAAAUUUGGCCCAUGUCCCAUCUGCAGACAUGGAGGGGCCAGGGUUUAUGUUCUACAAACUGUUUAUAAAAAAUGGAUGUAGCUGGCUUGUCUAAAAAGUGAAGGAAAUAUAAACCUGCAUUCUUUUUAACAGCCAGCAGGGAGCAGCUCCUUCAGGUGCAAAAAGAAGUCAGAAUGUAUGUAAGUCUCUGAGAAAAUUGUCCUACUUCUCACUUAAUUUUUUACCUUAAUAACCCUUUAAAAAAAAAAAUUCCGGUCUCAGGUGUUAGUUUCAAGACCUUUUGAAUAGAGCAUGAUGUUCACUUUGUCCAUGAUGGUCCCAUUUAGAGUGAAAUAAACAAUUAAACAGGGUAUGUUUUAGGGAAGGUCCUAAAAAGAACUUGUCUUCAAGUUCUGGCCUAGCUCCAUCCCUCGUCUAUUACCUUAUUCCAAACUCAAGGCUUCAAAAAAGUAGUCCACAAAGCAAUGGCUGAUUCAAUGUCGCUACGUCCAUCUUUAAUAUACAGUCUGUGUUUUAUUGCAACCAGCCAGUUGUCCCUCUGUCACGACUGUACAGAUUCUGAUUUCAAAUGAUAUCACCACCACAAGAUGGAAGCACCCAGAAGUGACCCUGGUUAUGUUUGGGUCACGUCUGAGGGAUAGACUCCAGCCCCCCACAACCCAAGUGAGGAUUAAGCGGUGUAUAGAUAAUCAAUGGAUAUAACCAUACAGACCUCUCUUUCCAAUGUAGCAUGACCAAGUGUUGGUGCCGUUAAUCCCUUUUUAAAUAUAGAAUUAACAGGAGAAGGGUAUUUGUGAUAUUUUAACAUCCCACGGGCACUAAUGCUAGCAUUUCAUUUGAUUAAGUGUGCCCCUUUCUUAUGAACAUCUCUGAAACAGCAUUUCGUUUCCUUGUCCUGCAGCUGCAAAAGCCUGUAAAAGGUCUUCUUCGAGCUACAGACAGGAAGUAGAGGGAGAGAAAAAGUGUGAGGCAUGCAGCAAAGACCCCAGGCAAGAAACAUUACCACUAGACUGCCAUGAACAGUGAAGGCUUGUAUGAGAUAUCAAAACUGUAAAACAGAAACUAGAAUAUAAGUUCUAAAAUGUAGAUUAAAAAAAACUAAACCUGUAAACAAGAAACCAGAAGCAAACCAAAUAAAGAUUAUAUUGUAAACCAAAACUAAGAAAUUAGUCUUCUCAGCAGACUUUCGUGGCCAAGAAAAGUAGUAGCAGACUUUGACUUUAAAGGCAGAUAUGUAGGCACUUCCUUUCACUUUAGCUCUAUUCAGGACUUCCUGCUGUGUUUGUGCAUCAUCAAAGGAACGUAUGUACAAAUCAUAGCACCUCCAAAGUCCAGCUUUACAUGAUGAAUUAGAAAGGUGUGGAUGAUGGUGAGUUUCUUCCUACAAUCUCUCCACAUAACAGUUAUAAGUUUUAAACACUGUUUGUCUUGUGGACUUAAGUGGAUGGUAAAACUGAUGCCAUGUGUACCGUUGGUGACACAUGGAUAUGGAAACCAUGAAUUGGCCUUAAUAGCAGCAACUACCUGCCGUUGUAUGUCUCAGGAAGGAUACAAUCGAAGCUUUACGCUUUCUCUGUGUUUACAUGUUCAGGUGAUGUCCUUUGAUAUUUUAGUUGUUGUAUCCUGAGCCUUUCAUUUCUUUGUGAUAUCUGGUAAUUAGAGGAAGUGUUCUAUGAAUAUUUAGAUGAGUAAACAGUGAUUGAUACUACUACUUCUAAUCCUGACCAUUUCAGUAUGGAAUGGAAAAAUGUUCCACAUCGUCUGUUACACUCAGAUACUUUUUCUCACACAUUCCUCAAUAUUUGGUUUAAUAAUUUUAUGUAAAUGUUUAAUAAGAGUCGUGGCUUUGUAUGUGCUUACCUCAGGCUAAUAUCCAAAUCAGUUUUGUAAACGUGAUGCUGCCUAUAUAUUACAGAAAUAAAUAAAUGAGAACAACA